AUGCCAUCGAAGGAACCUUCARUAGCUGAAGUUGAGCCUUUACCAGAGUGGAAUACAGCUUUAAAAGAAUGGGGAGGCUUUUGGCAAGUCCACAUAUAUGGACUUGGGAUGCUCUUUCUUUUCAUUGCACUAUUCUCCGCUUUCGCUAUUUCAAAACUAGUUUAUACAACCAACAUUCGUCGUACAAAGGUCCAUAUCGUGAAUUUGGUUCUUCUGUUAAUGUUUAGUUUGUCACGUUCGUUAUUUCUCUUAAUUGAUCCUUACCACUCGAGUAAGACACUUCCAGUUGUGGUAGUUAAGCUGUUAUGGGGAAUUGGUCAGCCUUGUCUUAUAACAGCGUAUGUACUUAUCUUUAUCGUGCUGAAAAACGCGUUGGUGAUGAAGCAGCGGUUCCGUCGCUGGUAUACAAUCAAAAAUAUCACCAUGAUAACAUUGCCUUAUUUCUUCUUUGUCUGCGCUGCUGAAUUGACAAUUUCAUUUGCUCAUGAACUCAUUGGUUUUGYAUUUGCUUGCCAGMUUCUCUACGUGAUAUUCACWUURUUUUURAUCCUUUUUUAUUCCUUURUUGCGUUUAAAAUUUGGGAAAAGAAAAAAGACGCUGAAUCUAGCUCUGUGGGGAGACAUUAUGACGGCCAGAGCUCUAAACUCAGGGCUAUCUUGUCGACUUGUCUGGCUGCUAUCWUUGGUGGUGUUCUCUUGUGCGUUUCUCAAGUCUAUGCAAUGGCGGGCGUGUACGGAGUGUUUUCAGACACUCGAGAGGUUCCCCCUUGGCCGUGGUAUGGAUUUUCCUCCKCACAAAGACUCCUCGAGUUUUACAUGUCCAUAUUAUUAUGCAAGAUACUCUCGAGUAAGUCCAGUAACUAUCAUCAAGGUGGUCUGUCACAGAAUUCCUCAUUCGUUUUGCCUGGACGUCGAAGGGAUGUUACAGUAACUAGGCAGCUUGUCUUUGUGAACUCUCGGCCUUUGUCACCAAUUCCUGGGUGCACAAAUGACACAAAAAUAGACAUAUAAACCUGAAAAGAUAAAACUAGUGUCCGGCCUACAUCAUUUAAUGAAAGCAAGAAAGAUUUUACUAGCUUAUUGGUUGAAAAGUUCAUACUCUUGCUACAUUUUGGUAAAACCUCGGAACCCCGUUUUUUGCGCCCUCGGUGGAACCUGGAUUUUGCAGUGAUAGGGACACUUGAAUUAUUACCUUUUUAAAGGCAAUGUGAUUUUUUAGAAUUUUUAAAUGACACAGGUCUGUUUUCAGUACUGACUAGGGAAACCUCCCCCGUUCGGGAGCAGCCUACGGGCCUGUUUUAAUGACAUUACACUGACCGACGGAAUCGUAUCAACGUGUAAAUCUAAAGACUUGUUUAUUAAAGGAUAAUGGAUGUA